AUGGCCGCUGACCACGCCCCGCACGUCCUCACCCCGCUCCGCCACAAAUCGGACCUGAGGAGUUGCGGCCCCACAACGGCCGCAACAGCGACGAUAAUCCCGCGACGGGGAUCCAUCCGGUUGCUAUCGCAGACUAGCAAAGCCCUCGGACUCUUCAACGAAACGGACACACCCGAUCCGCUGCCGCCCACCCGCAACAAAGCCUUUCAAUUCCAACGUCAGGGCACCAACUCCUCGCUGGACGUACCGCGGAGCCCGCACUCCAUUGCCGGCAGUCUCGAUGACCCGACCAAAGGUCAAGUCUGCAGCGAUGCUGUAAGAAGUAUAUUUCCGUUUAAUUGCCCAUUUUAUACUGAUUAUGGUCAUGGGGCGUACAUUCUCAUGGGGACACUCCUGUAUGUGUAUAUUAUCGGGCCGGAGGAGGAGCAGUUCGAGAAGGACCGGCUGACCACACCCUUUGUUAUUGAUGAUGUGAUGAAUUAUCUAAAAGUUCAUGUACUGGCCUAUUCUAAUGUCACGGAGCGGAAUGUGGAUAAUUUUCAGAAUUUUUUGUAUUAUCGUAUCCAGCAGGCCGGAGUGUAUGAGAAUAAGCGGGAUUUUUCGGCCGUAUCCGGUAUUUUGCAUUCGGUGUCCGUUAUUAGUGGAAUCGGCAUUGGAAAUCCUCCAAGGACACAAAUUGGUAAAGCAGUUACAUUUCCCUAUUGCUUCUUUGGAGUGCCUCUCUUUCUCCUGUUUCUAUACGUGAUUGGCGACGAUGUGGGCAAACUCAUUGCUGUCCUGUAUCAUCAGGCCGUGUGCUGCAGUAUGUGCCGGCACCGCGACAAGACCGUUAUGGCGCGCCAGUUUGCCGGCGGAGCGGAGUCGCUGAAUGAAAGUUACCGGCGAAUUCAGGCGUGCGUACCUGUGUCGCUGAUGUUGGUAAUUAUCGCUUUUUACGUACUGCUGGCUGUGCUGAUCUUCGGCCUAUGGGAGAACUGGGAUGCCGUCAACUCUAUUUAUUUCUGCGUGAUGACCCUAAUGACCGUGGGGCUGGUCGAUGAGAUCCCGGGCGAUAAGCCGGAUCGUUAUGCGGUCGGCUUUAAUCCGACGGCGGCGCUCAGCAAUACCACGCAUAUCCGCCGCAGUUUAGUUAUUGUCUACAUCAUCUGCGGCUGGCUGCUCAUCUCGGCCUGCUUCCAUGCCGUCGCCUCCAGGAUUUCUCUCCAUAAGAAGAAGAAACAUUUCAAACUCACCCACCAAAGCCGCAAUACAUCCCUGAUAUUUCGCCAUAAUGCCCAGUCCAACCCAAAUUUUUAA